AGAAAGCAACGAAUAAAGUUAAAGAAAAAACGUAAUACUCAACUUCGACGCAUACUUCAAUUAAUAAUUAAUCAUAAAAUUUAAUUUAUGUAAAUCGUUCAAAAAUGCCUAUUAUAAUUAUUAAAGACUAUACAUGGCGUGAAACUGUAGAUUACGUUAUAGUAUACGUGCCAUUUAAAAGUCGCCCGAAAAAAGUAGAUUUUUUGGUGAUCGAUAAUUAUUUAAAGGCGAGUUGUCCGCCAUUUUUAUUAGAACUUUUUCUUUGGGCUAAUAUUAUCGAGGAAGAAAGUACAUGUACAUUGGACGAAGAUAAGGUUAUAUUUUCUUUACGAAAAGCGAAUGUUUCUUUAAAAUGGCCUAAACUUGAAUUGGACGAUCUUGAUAAAGAUACUAAAAGAAAUUAUCGAAAUAGAGCAAUAGAACGUAUUCAAAAAGUUACAGAAGAACGACAAAAAGCUCAAAGCGAGAAACGACAGUAUUUGAAAAAGGAAGCAGUAAAAGCGCAAAUAGAUUUAGAUACCGCAGUUUUAAAUAAAAUAAGUGCUAUGAGAGAUUCUCAUAGAAAAGAAGCUAUGGAAGCAUUAGAAGAUUGGAGAUCCAAAGCCGAGAUACCGAUUUUAAAAUAUGAACAAGGCAUAACUCAAGAAAAUCGUAAAGCAUACAAGCCACCAUUAAAAUGGUUUAAGGAUGACAUCACCGGUAUGGUGAAGAACAGGCCAAUGACCGAUCAAGAAAUUUUCGUUAAUGACGCGAAGGGUUGCAGUGAAGGUAGAAAUGGUAGGGAAUUAGAAUGGAAGGAGCCUGAAGGAAAGGAAUUGUUUCAUAAAUAUGAAUUUCCAAGAAAAGAAGAUGGAUCGAUCGAAUCUAAUACAAAGGUAAAUGAUACGACGAACGAAGAUGAAUUAAAUGUUAUACAGGAAAGAAAUAUUUCGACGGAUAGCGAAUCGGAUUCCGAUCAUGAAUCGUACGAUAAAUCAAUCAAAGACAAGAUAUUGCGUAAGUCGUCUUCUUUGAAAAAUGUUCGCACUCGUGGACAAGAAUUAAUCGAUAGAAUAUUGAGUGGGAAACCACGAAAGUUAAAUCAAAUAUUCGACGAACCUAACAAAGCUGUACCUUUACCGAGAAAAAAUGGUACCAUUAAUAUUACAUUUUCUGAACGUACGUUUCCAACUCCAGCCAGAGAAAGCCAUUUGAUCGAAGAACAAGAAUGGUUAGAGAAACAAGCAGAAGCAAGGAGAAAAACUGGUUUUGUAGCUGAAGAUCUCAGGCCAGAAGAACGAGAUCCGCAAUGGUUAAAGGAUAAGGGAGAUGAAUUAUUCAAGGCUGGAAAUUAUUUGGGAGCUAUCAGUGCUUAUUCUCUCGGUAUAAAAAUUAGCGAUAAAAUGGCGUCACUCUACGUUAAUAGAUCUGCGGCUCAUUAUGCUCUUGAGAAUUAUUAUAGAUGUACCGAAGAUUGUAGCAAAGCAUUAGAACUCAUGCAACCAAAAUGUGAAGCUAAUCGUGAAUCAAGAGCCAGGUGUCACGCUCGGCAAGGUGCAGCUCUUUGUAAAUUAUCUGCGCCACAACACGGCAUUCCUGAACUGGAAGCGGCAAUAAAAUUGGCACCGGAUAAUGAAAGCAUUAAACGUGAUCUACUGGUUGCAAAACAAUAUUUUAAUAUCAAAGAUUAGAUAAGACAAGUGAAAAUCUGAAAAGAAAGGAUUAUAAUAAAAUAAAAUAGUUGGUAA